UGGCUCUUUCGUGCUCCCCCCUCCCUCCCUCGGAGUGAGGGCUUGCAUAGGAGCCGUUCCUUCUACCCCCACCCCACUUCCCCAUCUCUUCUCGGUGGCGCUCCGCUUCUCUCUCCUCCUCCCCUUUAAGCUGCGGUUCCCCCCCUCCCUGCUCCUCAUUUUUUGUCCUCCGUCACGUUGCUCCUUGCGGUGUGUUAAGGCCUGAGGGGGCGGGGGCCGAGGCCGAAUCGGCUGACUGACUUGGCUGGCUGGCUGACUAACUAUAGGCCCCGGAGGCGUUUGCAGCGGCCUGUGAGGGAUUCGGAAGGAUGUCUGGGGGCUGGGGCCGGGAUAUGAUGGACUACGGAGGCGGCGGGGCCGGCAUGUCCGGAGGGGGCGGCCGGGGCGGCGGGAGCGGCGGUAGCGACGGCCGCAUCUACGUGGGGAACCUGCCGGCCGACGUGCGCGAGAAGGACCUGGAGGAGCUUUUCUACAAGUACGGCCGCAUCCGCGACAUCGAGCUGAAGAGCAAGCGCGGGCUCGCCCCCUUCGCCUUCGUCCGCUUCGAGGACCCCCGAGAUGCAGAAGAUGCAAUUUAUGGGAGGAAUGGCUACGAUUAUGGUCACUGUCGCCUACGCGUUGAGUUUCCCAAACCUUCCAGAGGACGGGGUGGAGGCUUUGGUGGGGGGCCUCGUGGGAGGAAUGGCCCUCCUACACGGCGUUCUGAAUUCCGAGUCCUUGUUUCAGGGCUUCCUCCAUCAGGCAGCUGGCAGGACCUGAAGGAUCAUAUGCGUGAAGCUGGUGAUGUAUGUUAUGCAGAUGUACAGAAAGAUGGAAUGGGGGUGGUAGAGUUUCUCCGCAAGGAAGACAUGGAAUACGCACUGCGUAAACUGGAUGACACCAAAUUCCGAUCUCAUGAGGGUGAAACAUCCUAUAUCAGAGUUUGUCCUGAAAGAAGCAUCAGCUAUGGCUACUCGCGCUCCCGUUCUGGUUCAAGGAGUCGCGAUUCUCCAUACCAAAGCAGGGGAUCGCCACGCUACUCUUCUCCCUUCAGGCCAUACUGAUUGCACCCAACAGGGACUCCUAAAAAUGUGAACUGAGCUCUUUAUUUCUGCUCAGAGUUUACAUUCCAAAAUGGAUGGAUAUAGUCUUUCGUAGGAAGCCUUGUUACCCCCCCUUUCUUAUUCAAUAAAAUCUUUUUUUAUGACUUACAGUUUUUACUAGGGAAGUGUUGGUAAUGAAAUACUGUAAAACAUUGCCACUUGAACUUCUUUUGUUUGGAAAAUGUACAUUGUUUUUGUUUCUCCUUCUGAAUGAAGGGAUAUGAGCUUGAGAACUAGUAUGCGUUAAUGGUUGUCUGCAGGAAGGUGCUGUAAAGGAGUGGAGCAACCUGUAUGGCUCAGCCUGUUGUGUUGUUUUGAAAUAUACUUAAAUGUUUCUGUAACUCAUCAGUGGGUGACUGUCUUUUGUGCAGGUGGGAAGCUGGUGUAAAAUACAGCUUUUAAAUUCCUUUCUGUUCCUGGGUUUAUCAAAGCCUACUGGUCAAGCCGGGUAUUGUAGUGGAAGAAAAAUCAACAGAAUAUUUACACUACAGUAAUAUAAAAGUUGCUCAGAUACUGUAUAAUAUCCCUGAGUGCUUUCAGAUGGGAGCGUAUUGUGGAAUUGGGUGUUGCUUACACAAUUUUUUUUUGGCAGCAUCUACACAUUGUUUUCAUAAAAAUGCCAAUCCAGAUAAAAACUGAUAAGUGAAAAUAACCCAUUAGUCAUCCACAGUGACCACUGGAGUAGAAACUUGUUUGCAGCAUGUGGGGGGAGUUUGUCACAUCUGUUGAUGUUCUAGUGAACGUUCCUGAUUGCCACACCCCUACUUCCGUUUGCUCCUCACCCGAGCGUAGCCUAGCUGUUUCAUUUCUGGCAGCAAAAAUGACAUGAGGCUGCCUAUUUCCACUGGCUGCCACAUGCAGUGGGCGUGUCUGAAACCAUUUCAGCAGAGGGCACAUGUGGAACUAUCUUGGAGACCCAAAUUGCAAUUGCACACAUUUGACUUUUAAAUAAAACCAAUAGAACUCUAGCAGAACACCUCUCAUACUACUCUCUGUUACAUGUCAAGUAAAUAUCACUCUUGCAAAACACCAGAGUAUUAAUUAAAA